UUUUUUAGUUUAACAGUUAAUUUAAUAAUGCAGCCACGUAGAACAUUUAAGGUGUUUUAUCUAUAUAAACAUAAUAGUAAAACUAUGGUUUAAGUUGUAAAGUGAAAUGUUGGUGCGCGUUAGCAGUUGUUGUGUGAGGCAUGAGCAGCAGCUGUAAUGAAGAAGUGUGUUGGUGCUCGUAAAAGAGGACUGCGAUGGCGGCUGAGUGUGGAGAACACACCCCCAGCCCUCUCAGCACAAAUGGACCCACUUCAUCGCAACCCAACUCUUCUGCCGCCGCGCACACGUGCCAACGGACAGUUUGGAGCGGACACUUGAAAUGUGCCAGACGAGAGCAGACGCUUUCACUUUUGUCCAAUUAAAAAGUCUCCACGCACCUCCUCGCAUGUGAACGUCCACCGAGGUCUCCCGGCGCCCUCCACGCCCGCGCUGGUGAUGCCAUGCCGCGGGGUCACGACGGCGGCGACGAGAGCGCUGGUGGUGUCGGUGGACUCUGGCUGAAGACGACUUCCCCGGGACGCCUGGCGCGGAACUUCCCCCUCAGGGAUGUCGAGUGCGGCCAGAGGAUGAUGAACAACGCGGUGCGGAUCGGGGACGGGCUGGGGCCGCCCGGUGCCGACAUGAAGCAGGGCGCCCGGCUCAGCCUGCUGGGCAAGCCGCUGACGUACAGCGCGCAGGGCGGCCGCAGGAACGCGCGCUACCGCUGGCUCCAGAACUACCUGUACAACGUCCUGGAAAGACCCAGGGAGUGGGCGUUCGUCUACCACGCCUUUGUGUUCAUCCUGGUGUUUGGAUGUUUGGUUCUGUCUGUGUUUUCCACCAUCCCUGCUCACCAGGAGUUCUCCUCACACUGUCUGCUCAUCCUGGAGUUUGUGAUGAUUGUGGUGUUUGGUCUGGAGUACAUUAUCCGGAUAUGGAGCGCCGGAUGCUGCUGCCGCUACCGAGGCUGGCAGGGACGUCUCCGCUUUGCCAGGAAGCCUUUUUGUGUCAUGGACAUUUUCGUACUCAUCGCGUCCGUCGCCGUGGUGUCGGCCGGCAGCCAGGGCAACAUCUUCGCCGCGUCCGCCUUGCGCAGCCUGCGCUUCCUGCAGAUCGUGCGCAUGGUGCGCAUGGACCGACGGGGGGGCACCUGGAAGCUGCUGGGGUCCGUGGUUUACGCCCACAGUAAGGAGCUGGUGACGGCCUGGUACAUUGGCUUCCUGGUGCUCAUCUUCUCCUCCUUCCUGGUCUACCAGGUGGAGAAGGAAGAAAACAAGGAUUUCGCCACCUAUGCCGACGCUCUGUGGUGGGGCACGAUCACCCUGACAACCAUCGGAUAUGGUGACAAGACCCCGCAGACGUGGACCGGGAGGUUGCUGUCAGCCGGAUUCGCUCUUUUGGGAAUCUCCUUCUUCGCCCUGCCAGCUGGCAUCCUGGGCUCAGGUUUCGCCCUGAAGGUGCAAGAACAACAUCGCCAGAAGCAUUUUGAAAAGAGGAGGAACCCAGCAGCCAGUCUCAUCCAGGCGGCUUGGCGUCUGUACUCCACUGACGGCGCUCGUCCCUACCUCCGAGCCACCUGGCAUCACUACCAAAGCGCCCUCCCCCCCUUCAGCCAAAAGCUGAGCUUCAAGGACCGAGUCCGCAUGGCGAGUCCCCGGGGACAGAGCAUGAAGAGCCGGCAGACGUCCAUCAACGACCGCCAGCGCUAUUCCCCCGGCAAUGAGGUGGGGGGCGGCGCCGAGCUGAUGAGCGGGAGCCCGGCCAAGGUGCAGAAGAGCUGGAGCUUCAACGACCGGACCAGGUUCAGACCCUCGCUGAGGCUGAAGAGCCAAUCACGGACCGUUGCUUCAGACGUGGACGCCGGCAUGACCACGGAGGAUUCCCAAGAUGAGAGAGGCUGCCAUUGCGACAUCACCGUGGAGGAUCUGUCCACGCCACUCAAGGGGGUCAUCAGAGCUGUCAGGAUCAUGAGGUUCCACGUGGCAAAGAAGAAGUUCAAGGAGACGCUGCGCCCGUACGACGUGAAGGACGUCAUAGAGCAGUACUCCGCGGGACACUUGGACAUGCUGUGUCGCAUCAAGAGCCUUCAGACCAGACUGGACACUGUAGUCGGCCCCGCCCCGAGGCCCCUCAGCAGGCGUGCCAAGACCUUUUCCUCUCCAUCGCUGCAUUUGUAUUACAGUCAGGCCCGGAGGAAAUCCUCAGCAACGGGAAUGGCCAGUGCAGCGGGCUCUGGUCCCGGCUUGAGUAGUCGACUCAGGAACAUGUCCUCUCCCGCCCUGCAUUACUAUUACAGCAACAGGAAGAAGAACUCAGGGGUGGAUCAGAUCCUUGGGAAAGGCCAAGUCCCCGUGGAUAAAAAGCUGAGGGACAAACUGAACCCGGAUGGAGAUCCUCACGAGGGCAUGAGCAUGCUGGGCCGCGUGUGUAAGGUGGAGAGGCAGGUGUCCUCCAUCGAGUCCAAGCUGGAUUCUUUGCUGGAUGUUUACCGCCAAGUCCUCCAGAAAGGUCCCUCUGGUCUCGCUCUGUCCUCGCUGCCACUUUUCGAACUGGACCGGCACCACGGCGCCGACUACCAGGCCUCCAUCAUGGACAGGGACCCGCCCUCCCUGCACGGCAGCGGGAGCGACCACGGCGCAAACCCCCGGGGACUGCGGCUCAUCUUGGCGCCCGCCGACGACGACGGCCCCCCGGACUCGGCCCCUCCGUCCUACCCCCCGUCCACCGCCUCGCUCUCCCCGUCGCCUCUGUUGCCCCCCGACAGCCCCUACCCCACCCGGGUCACCCCAAACAGCACCAGGAGAGCGCACUUCCCCGACCUGCCCCCUCCUCCGCCUCCCUCGGGGGGGUUUACCCUCCAGUUGCCCCCCGUGAUGCACCCCUCCCACCUGCGCUGCCCGGCUGACCCCGACCCAGAUGAUGUAACAGAUAUAGUGCUGGCACACCGGGGGGGCCCUGGCCCCUCUGUCGUCGUGGGACCCCAGCCAGGCUUGGAGAGCGCCCAGCUCCGGGAGAAAUCCGGCGCCAAAUCCGAGGCGGCCUGGAGGAGACACAUGAGCCUGGAGGUGGACCCUCUCUUGCUGCUUUCGCCCAGCCCCGACGGGACGCCCCCGGACUGGGGGUGCGCCCUUGGGAAGUCCCUCUCCAUGCACAAUCUCACCCAGCCUUCCAGCAACCGGGCCACGCCGUACGAUGACCUCAGCGACUGGGACGCAAGAGAACUCUUCAUCAGUGAGCGCAAACUGCAGGGGCCCGGCCCCCAUCAGCAUUUGGGUUUCCUGGCCCAGAACCCCCACAGGGGCCCUGCACACCUGUCGCACACUGUGGACGAGGCUGCUGCUCUCGCCGAGGAAACGUCAGACCUCCUCAGUCGGUCGCCACAUGUGCAACUGGGCUGACCACGCACACACACACUCACACACACGCACACACACUCACACACACUCACUGUAUGCCAUUCAUGAGGAGGCCACUUGACAGGAAAUGAGCUUGUUUUCCUUGAAUGUACAAACUUUUUAUCAUACAGUGGAACCUCGAUGUACGAACUUUAUGGGUUCCGGAGCAGGGUUCGUAAAUCUAAAAGUGUGCACAGUGAAUCAAAGUUCGCCAUGCGAAACAAUAUCAAUGUGAAUAAUUGGUUCCUACUUUGACAAAAGUCCCUAUUUUAGGGAAGGGUUGUCCACUUUGAACACAAUAUAAAGUCCUACACAGUACUGGAUAGAAAACCUCCGUAUGCGCUGCAUACACAUAGCAGUCCCUUUGGUGCCCUCACAAAAGAUCAGAAAUCAUGAAAAAUCCUUAACUUUGAAAACCAUAUUGCCGCAAUAAUAAACGUUUUAAAAAGUAAAAGCUGACGAGAAAGUAGCAGACAGAGAGGGAGAGAAAAAAAAGGUUGGGAAGAGGGGUCGUGUGUAUAUGUGUGUGGACGCUUGAAAGAGGCGCCGCUGAAAGAGAAUAGCUCUUUUCCUCCAUUGUGAAAUAAGUCUGCUUUGGCAUCUUUUUUCCAAAAAAGUCCGGUCUCGUCACAAUUAAAACUUUCUGUAGAACGAAGCCUGCUUUGUGGAUUAUUCAAUACUUGUGAGUGCCAUUAAUGUACUCCUUGCAAAUACCAUAUUUUCCGGACUAUAGAGCGCAUCAGGAUAUAAGCCGCACCCACUAAAUUUUUGAAGAAAAUUGUUUUACCCAGUAUAUUAGCCGCACCGAACAAUAUACUGUACGUUGCGAAUUGAGUUGUUUACACAGAAAGAUUUUGUAAAUGUUUAUUUACAUACCUUAAUUGUUUGCAAACGGUGCCUGUAAUGCGGCAGUAAAACGGUUAAUCAAACAAAACAGAAGUCAUCGUCAUGGACCCACGAGCUGCGGAAGCUGGCUCUCCAAUCAGCUAAACAGACUCAAUAACUCAUACUUGCCAACCCUCCGGUUUUUACUGGGAGACUCCCGGUAUUCAGCGCCUCUCCCGAUAACCUCCCGGCAGAAAUUUUCUCAUGACAAACUCCCGGUAUUCAGCCGGAGCUGGAGGCCACGCCCCCUCCAGCUCAAUGCGGACCUGAGUGGGGACAGCCUGUUCUCACGUCCGCUUUCCCACAAUAUAAACAGCUUGCCUGCCCAAUGACGUCAUAACAUCUACGGCUUUUAGAGAGUAGAGUGCACAACUGCGCACACAACAAGGAGACGAAGCAGAAGAACGAGGAAGUUACAGACAUGGCGACGCCGUCGACGAGCAAGAUGAAGAAAUACGCUUGCAAGUUCCAAAACGAAUGGAAACAAGAAUUUCAGUUCAUCCAGGACAGUUCGAAGGGGAAGGGGUAUGUGUUGCUUGUAAAUUUUGUAGAACAGACUUCUCCAUUGAACACGGUGGCCGAAAUGAUAUACUCAUUCAUGAACGGAGAAGUUAAACAGGACAAUACUGCCAUCUACUGGAUAGCCUC